UAGUCACAUGCACAAACAAACACCUGAAUUUAAUGCAUAUGCUUGAGGCAGAUACAAAACUUUGCCUUUGCAUGCCCAAUUUGGAAGAACUGGUUCUCUCUGUCUGCGUCCCCCACCUCACAUAUGCCCUAAGCCACAUAGUGUUUAAUCACUCAACAGUGAACUAAUAUAGAUAUAUUUAUACUUUGUGUGAUUUCAGUGCUCAUGAAAACUGCACCAGUGCAUUUCCUGUGCCAUGAAUCACCAGCCUGCCGUUUUCCUACACUACAGAUCUCCAGUCAAAAUAAUCCCUUUACUCAUCCCAAAAAUCAGAAUUUAAGGAAGAAGUUCUUUGCAGGACAAUGGCACUGGUGUCCAACAACACAGCAUUAAACUACCUCCUUUCAAAACUGAUAGAAGACUAUGAAAGCAAACCCAGCCACCCUACAGUUGCACCAGUCGUUGCAACAAAUGACCAUCUGGAAGUCAUUUACAUACUCCUAUUGCUUGGCUUCUUUGGCUUCUUCACAUUUGGAAUAAUGAUGAGCUACAUCCGCUCCAAAAAGCUUGAACAUUCAAAUGACCCAUACAAUGUGUACAUUGCCACAGACAUUUGGCGGAAGAGGGACAAGGCCAGCUUGAAAGCCAAGGUGAUGGAAAAUUAUAAAUCAAGCUUCGUCUUGGAAAACCAGCAUGCUGUAGAACAGCCCACCAGUCACAUUCCUGAAGUGAACUCUUCCUAACAAAUGGGCAGCUAAUCUUACAAGCAUCAUACUGAAUUUUCCAAAACUAUGAAAGUAAGCAGUUUGUGGCCUAUAUUUACC